AUGUACAAAGGGAAAAGAAAGUACAUUGAAAUUUGGCAGAAAGUUGAAAUUGCUGAAUUUUACAUUCAACACCAAAAUGAGAUGAGCAUGAGAGAUGUUGCUGCAAAGUUUCAUGUCAACUCCUUUAGCUCGAUUUCCGAAUGGGUGAAUAAGCUUGAUGAGUUGAAGAAAUCAGUAAAAUCUGAUAAAAAAUUAAAAUUAGAAAGCUUCACUCAAUUUCCAGAGCUAGAGAAAGAACUAGUUCAUUGGUUUACUGCAAUCCGUGAGCAAGGUAUUCAGGUUCUCAGAUCAACGAUUGAGGAGAAAGCAAAAAGUUUGGCGGCAGAAAUGGGAUUGGCGCGAUUCGGCUGUGGAGAUAAAUGGUGGCAAGGAUUUAGGACCAGAAAUAAUUUAUCUUUCAGAAAAAUCAAUGCCUCAAGCAUUAAGCCAAUCGAAAAAGAGGCAGAACUUGUCAGGCAAUACCUAGAUGAUUUAGCGUCAUUGCUUCCUCAAUUCGUUCCAUCUAACAUUUACAAUUUCGAUGAAACGAGAUUUGAUUGAGAUGUAAAAAGCAAGUUCACUUAUGAUUUCAAGGGAACUCAACGAAUUCUAGGCGUUCAAUCAGCUAAAAUGAACCAUUUUAUCACUGUUAUGCUUAUGAUUAGAGCUGAUGGAGAAAAAAUGCCUGCUUUGCUCAUUUUUCAAGAGAAAAAUGGCCAGAUCCCGAACCUUGUAAGAGAAAGACUGAAUAUUCCAGAAAAUGUCAUCAUAAAAUCAAAUAAAUCUGGCUACAUUUCUGACCAGAUUCUUAAUGACUACCUCAGAACAAUAUUGAGACGAGAAAACCAACUGCUGAUUUAUGAUCAGGCUGGAAGUCAUAAAACUAUCAUGAUUUCUAAUGCAAUUUCAGAUUUAGAUGCAACCAAAAUUGUGAUCCCUGGAGGGUGCACAAAGUAUUUGCAACCACUUGACGCACUGGUAAUUGCAAAUUUCAAAUCAAAACAACAGAUUUCAGAAUCAAAUUCCAAACAGAGCAGAUUGAAAGAAGAUCGAAAAGAACUGGAAACCUCAAAGCUCUUGAUCGCCAGCAACUGAUAA